AGGAAGGGAAGGAGGAAAGGAGGAGGGAAGAAGGAAAGAAGAAACGAGGGAAGGAAGGAGGGAGGUAGGAAAGGAAGAGGGGAAUACAGGGACGGGGGACAGAGGAAGGAAGGAAGAAAGGAAGGGAGGGAGGGAGGAAGGAAGGGGGGAGGAAGAAAGGAGGGAAGAAAGAAGGGGAGAAAGGAAUGGAGGAAGGAAGAAGGGAACGAAGGAUCAAGGAAGGAAGGAGGGAGGAAAGAAGGAGGGGAAUACAGGGAGGGGGGACAGAGGAAGGAAGGAGCGAGCAAAGGAAAAGGGAAGGGAAGAGGGGGAGAAAGGAGUGGAGGAAGGAAAGGGGGGAACGAAGGGUGAAGGAAGGAGGGAGGGAGGAAAGGAAGAGGGGAAGGCAGGGAGGGGGGGGACAGAGGAAAGAAGGAAGAAAGGAGGGAACGAAGGAAGAAGGAAGGUAAGAGGAAAGGGGGAGAUAGGAAUGGAGGAAGGAAGGAGGGAGGGAGGAAAGGAAGAGGGGAAUGCAAGGAGGGGGAACAGAGAAAGGAAGGAAGGAAUGGAGAGAAAGAGGGAGGGGGAGGAAGGAAGAAGAAGGGAAAUUAA